GGAACAAGGCAUGUUCAUUGUACAAGGCUCUUCUGAAAGAAUACCGCGACUAUUAUUUUAAGGUGAAGUCUGAAAUAUGUGAUUACUUCAAAGUUGUUUAAUCAGUUUAAAAACGACUUUUGUGUUCCGAUUUAGUUUGAUAUGUGUUAACCGAUUGGUGCCGCAUGUACGAAUGACCGAAAAGUAAAGGUUGCACGUUGUACAAAAUCGACAUCACCGUUUUUGUCGGCUCAGGAAUUUGUUCGCUAGCACAGCUAGCUUUGAUAGCAAAGCCACCUUGUGGUCCUGUCUUGACAUUCUAGCCUGUAAUUGUGGUAUGGAUUAUUUUUAUUUUUUAAAAUCUAUAUACAGUUUCUAGUUUGAUCAGGAAUCUCGUUUAAAGUGUCAUUUUAAUUGUUUUUCCGCAUUUUGUUUAAUUUGAGAAAAACAGCUUUCUAGUUCACGCUUGUCUGUAUAAAAAAAAUAUUUAAAAAAGGAGGAGGGGGGGGGGACAUUUUGGGAGGAGAAAAUAACCUUCUCAGUGGGUUUUUUACAACAAAAAAACAUCCCCAAACCCAAUAAUCAUGAACGGGUUCAGCACUGAAGAAGACAGCCACGACGGUCCCCCAGCGCCGCCGUUUUACGGUCAGACUUGUUGUUUGAUUGAGGACGGUGAGCGCUGCGGACGAUCAGCUGGAAACGCCUCCUUCAGCAAACGGAUCCAAAAAAGCAUAUCGCAGAAAAAACUCAAACUGGACAUCGACAAAAGCGUUCGACAUCUCUACAUAUGCGACUUCCACAAAAACUUUAUCCAGAGUGUCCGUAACAAGAGGAAGAGGAAGACGAGCGACGACGGAGGGGAGUCUCCGGACCAUGACGUGGAAGUUCCAGAGGUGGAUCUCUUCCAGCUUCAGGUGAACACGCUGAGACGCUACAAGAGACACUACAAGCUGCAAACCAGACCUGGCUUAAACAAGGCCCAACUGGCUGAGACUGUCAGUCGUCACUUCCGGAAUAUCCCGGUGAACGAGAAGGAGACUCUGACCUAUUUUAUUUAUAUGGUGAAGAGCACCAAAAGCCGACUGGACCAGAAGUCAGACGGUAGCAAACAGCUGGAGUAAAGGCCACCGAUUUAACUUCCCAUACCAAGACUUGGACAUGGACACGUGUGUUUGAUAACAAGGCGUUUUCCGACAGGCAGCCAGAACUGAUCUUAAGACAGUUGUUGAGACUCUGCAGGGUAAUGUAAUGCUGUAAUGUGAAUAUGCUGAUAUGUACAAAAUGCACAGAAUAUGAAGAAAUCAACAAAAAGGUGGAAUGCAAUGUAAGAUAACUGCCUUAAAGAUGUUUGUUUUGGGGGUUUGUUUUGUUUUGUUUUUGCGUUGACUGUUAACAACUUUUGAAGAAGAAAAAUGGUUUGUGCCAAACCAGAGUGUGCAAACUUAAGAUAUCAAUAAACUGGACAGGGUGCAUUUUGUGAAUGAAAAGAUCAUUUAAAAAGGUUUUAAUAAGCAUUGUACAUUUUCCUGUUGUCCAGCUAGUACUCAUUCUGUUAUCCGGUGGUGUGACAUGCAUGUGAAGACUGAGGAAGUUGAAUGAUGUAGCAUUUUGGCAGACCCUUUUCAAUUGUUUUUGUUUCUCUCACUCAGACUUUUCCCUCUCCUCUAUCCUCUACACUGAAACACACUCAGACUUUCCCCUCUCCUCUAUCUUCUACACUGAAACACACUCAGACUUUUCCCUCUCCUCUACACUGAAACACACUCAGACGUUUCCCUCUCCUCUAUCUUCUACACUGAAACACACACAGACUGAAGUGGUGUUUCAGUUAAAAACAAGUUAUUUUCAAAUAUUUUUUUAAUAUAUUUUUGUUUGUUUUUCUUUACCCACUACCUUUUUUGUGAUAAAUAUAAGAACAGUACUUUAGUUCAUCCUUGAUUGUAAUAUUUCUGUGUGAAGUUGUGUUUCUGAUGGGAGUAACUAUUUCAACAGUUGUUUUAGAUUUUUGUCAUGUAUCAUGCUUUCAGCAUUUGAGACUAAUUUUAAGCAAUUAAUUGAAGCUGUGUUCAUUAGAGUGGGAAAUGCCUUAUUACCACAAUAUAUUAUUUCCAAAGCAAACGUUGUUGCUCUGCUAACACUGGCACAAUAUAGAACGUCUCAACUUUGGAGAGCAGUGAACUGUGUUUGAACCAUCUAAAUUGCUUUCACAGUGCACAAUGAGCACUGUCUGUACUUUUGCUCUAGUGUUUAUAAUAUGUUAGUUCUAUUCUAUUGGAAUGUAUUUCUGAGGAAUCAUGUCACCCUGGACUUGUCAAGUCCAUUUCCUUUCCUGGCACAGUGUUGAAAUAAUGUGUUGUCUAGUGGAUCACAGUACCAACUAUAGUCACUAAAGGAAGAUGGGAGGUUUUUUUUUUUUUUUUUGCUUCCUCUGUGUCGCUAAUUAAUGAGUUUCUUCACUUCAACACCACUGUAUGUUCACUGGUUUGUUUGAGUCAGUGGUCUCUCCACAGAUGAUGGUAUGUCUUUUUAGUAUUGAUUUGUUUCCAAUUUUCCCUGUCCUUAUUUAUAAGUCCCAAGAAAUAAGUCAUGUCUGCUGCGUUCCAUGUUACACCAUCAGUUAGGCAUGUCUGGUGUGUCAUUGCUGAAGUAUCGAUGGCUUUUUUUUUCUUUUUUUGUCGCUUGUAGCCUUGUUAGCACCAUAUAGAUUUCCCCUCUUAAACAUAUUGGCUGUGCUGCGUUAAUACUGUAAUGGCUGUGCUGCGUUAACCUAACUGUUGUAAUAGAUAAUACGUGUAUUUAAAUAUGGCUGCGUAUUGCUUUUAAUAAACGUAUUGUACAUAGAUAA